AAGAAAGCAGCAUUAAACUUCCUGCAGCGUUAACUUUUGUUGCACGGUCUUCCUGCUUCUAGAAGCUGCACAGCAAAGUAAAAGACAAGCAUGACAACAAUCCUCUGCAGACUGACAGGGCCGAGGUGCUCAUUGUGGAGAUACGGGGCUGUGAUUAAGAGGGAAACUCACAGCCGAACUUCCCAUGUGAUUCCGCAGGGAAGAGCGCGACUCCUGGCCGGCGGCGGUCGGCCUCUGACGGGAUACAGUCGCGCACAAAGCCGCAGGCAGCACACUGAGGCGGCAGCUGCCGUAGAGGUGGAUUUAAAGCGGUUAGAGGGGAAAGACGAUGGGAUCGUAGAAGUGUUGAUGUGCCGGCACAAAGCCAGAAAUGCUCUCGGCAAUGUGUUUGUGUCACAGAUGAGGCAGGUGGUUUCCACUCUGUACAAUGACUCAGCGGUGCGUGUGGUUAUCUUCAGGAGUUUAGUGCCAGGCGUUUUCUGUGCAGGUGCCGAUCUGAAGGAGAGAGCUCUGAUGAACAACUCUGAGUCCGAUCUGUUUGUUCACGGCCUGCGCUCCCUCAUGACUCAAAUAGCAUUGUUGCCCACGCCGACCAUCGCAGCGAUGGAUGGAGUUGCACUGGGAGGUGGAUUGGAGUUGGCCUUGGCCUGUGACCUUCGCGCUGCUGCAAAUUCGGCACAGAUGGGUCUUAUUGAGACGACACGGGGGCUGCUCCCAGGAGCGGGGGGCAGUCAGCGUCUGCCGCGGAUGAUCGGUGUCACUCUGGCCAAAGAGCUCAUUUUCACAGGCAGGCGUGUGGGAGGACAGACAGCUCUGGAGAUGGGGCUCAUAAACAGAGUAGUAGAACAGAACCAGACAGGAGAUGCUGCCUACAGAGAGGCGCUAAGCCUGGCCAGGGAGAUACUGCCCCAGGCUCCUAUUGCGGUGCGGAUGGCUAAAGAGGCAAUGAACAGAGGCAUGGAGGUCGACAUCGGUUCAGCAAUGGCGAUAGAGAGGAUGUGUUAUGCCCGAGUCAUCCCCACACGGGACCGACAGGAGGGUAUGGCAGCCUUCAUACAGAAGAGAGCUCCGCGGUACACUGGGGAAUAAACUCCUUUGAGCUACUGGAUUUCUUUGUUGUACCGACAUGUGAAUGCAGAAGCACACUGCUCUCUAUAGCCCGAUGUCAGAUAAACAAUUAACAUCUAUUGAUUGUCUGUGCCAGCCAGUGCCAGUACAUUAGUUUAGGCCAUGCAAGUCCUCAAUAGUGGCCGCUUGCUUUUGUGACAGGAUCAGGAUCAGACUGACAAGUGCUGAUUGUUUAUAAUUUGUUAUAUUUGCUGCUUUAUCGGUAACAGGGUCAUCUUUGGAAUGAAACUAACUGAAUAAAUAAAUAAAUAAAUAAUAAAUAAAUAAAUAAAUAAAACGG